UACGCAUUACAAUGCUAUAGGUACAGUCAUUUUUGAACGGCUGGAUAGUGGUGGGUAUAAAAACAACGUAGGAGAUAACAGAAUAGCUUUAAUAUCAAGAAACAUGGCUUCUCGUGGGUCUCGUUUAAUAAAGGCAUUAGAAUUGUAUACGAAAUUCAAACCAAAUCAAUUUGACACCAGCGUUAUUUUAAAGCAGGUGGAAAUAAACUCCAUAACGGCUGGAGUGAGCCGUAGCACGUUCACAGUGGAACGCAGCAUGUGCAAUGGCGGCGACACUUUACACGGAGGCUUUAUUGCGGCUUGUGUAGAUGCUUUGUCAACGUUCGCACACCUGGGAACUACGGGGAAAAUUGCGUGGACCAUGGGUUUGAAUGUUGAUUUCAUCGCAGCAGCUCGCAUCGGCGAGGUGAUAACGGUCGAGACUUCGGUGCUUCGUCCAGGCAGUCUCACAGCGGUGGAGACCUGCUUCCGAAACUCCCAGGGGGCGCUAGUAGCCAAGGGAACCACGACGCUGAUGAAUGGAAGGGACCAGUACCAGAAGUUGGUCAAGGAAAUCUACCACUUUGAUCCAAAUGAAGUGGAUGAUGAAUGAUUGUAAUAGCCUGCUGUAUUUUUUUAUCGUACUUUUAAUAAUAUAACCAUUAUUUUUGUAAGUUUAACCUAUUUGAGGAAAAUUA